CCCGCGGGCGAGCGGGGCGUGCGGGGCGUGCGGGCACCUCGGCUCUGGGCACUGCGGGGCUGCGGGCUCCGCGUCCCGGGGAGGCGGGCGCGUGGACGGCGUGUGGGCGCCCGGCGGGCCGUGAUCUCGGACUUCUGGGCCAGGAGACUCAUCAGUCAAGCUCAGCGAUGGCGAAGUUUAUUGAUACUUGGGUAGAAGCUGCAACUGCUGGGUCUGGUGGCCAGAGAUAAGUGAUGGUGCUAUUGGAGCACCAGCUGGAAACAGGGCAGGACUGGGAACUCCUGGAGAGCACUGUCAGUGCUCAUCAUCAUGCGGGGAUGAUGCCUCCAGAGGCCCAGGCCUCCCUCCCGCCUGGGUGCUAGGAGCCAUCCCUAGGCUCCCACCAGGAGCUCUGCCACCCAAGGGCAUGGCCAAACCUUUCUUCCGACUCCAGAAGUUUCUUCGCCGCACGCAGUUCCUGCUCUUCUUCCUCACAGCUGCCUACUUGAUGACUGGCAGCCUGCUGCUACUGCAGCGGGCCCGUGUGGCCCUCCCGCAGGGCCCUCGGGCAGCUGGUCCCUUGCCCGCCUUACCUGUAGCCGCCAUGGCACUGGGCGUGGGCCUGUUGGACAGCAGAACCCUACAUGACUCUCGUGUCAGCCCAGAGCUGCUACUUGGUGUGGACGUGCUGCGGAGCCCUUUGGCCCGGCACCAGCCUGGACCCCGCUGGCUCCGGAGUCGAAACUCAGAGCUGCGCCAGUUGCGGCGCCGUUGGUUUCAUCAUUUUAUAGGUGAUCCCCAGGCGCCCUCUGCCCUGGGCCCAGAGGCUCCUCAGCCAGCUGCCAGCAGCCGAGGCACCUAUGUUGGAUGCUUCAGUGAUGAUGGCCAGGAGAGGACCCUGAAGGGGACUGUAUUUUAUGACCUAAGAAAAAUGACCAUCUCUCACUGUCAGGAUGCCUGUGCAGAACGGUCCUACAUCUAUGCUGGCUUGGAGGCUGGUGCAGAGUGCUAUUGUGGGAAUCGACUCCCUGUGCUGAGCGUCGGGCCACAGGAGUGCAACCAUGAGUGCAAAGGGGAGAAGGGCUUUGUGUGUGGGGGAGUUGGCCGGCUCUCUGUAUACAGAGUGGAGGAGCUGCAACCAAGUUCCAGGAAGAGGAGGACCUUCACAUACCGUGGCUGCUUCCGACUGCCAGAGAAUGCCACACACACCUUCCCUGACUCUCUGGUGCAGUCCAAUGUCACCGUGGAGACAUGCUCCAGGUUUUGUUCCCAUAAAGAAUUCCCCUUGGCCGUGCUCAGGGGCUGGGAGUGCUACUGUGCUUACCCCACCCCCAAGUUCAACCUGCAGGAUGCUGUGGAUGAUAUGCUAUGCAACCAGAAGCUUGAGACCCAGAGGCUGGCAAAGUACUGCCAAGUCUACCAGACUCCUGUACAAGAUACUCGCUGCACUGACAGGACUUUCCUGCCCAACAAAUCCAACGUGUUUGUGGCACUAUCCAGUUUCCCGGGGGCUGGGAACACAUGGGCACGGCACCUCAUUGAACAUGCCACUGGCUUCUAUACUGGGAGCUACUAUUUUGAUGGGACACUCUACAACAAAGGGUUUAAGGGUGAGAAGGACCACUGGCGGAGCCGGCGCACCAUCUGUGUGAAGACCCAUGAAAGUGGCAGGAGAGAGAUUGAGAUGUUUGAUUCGGCCAUCCUACUAAUCAGGAACCCAUACAGAUCACUGGUGGCUGAGUUCAACAGGAAAUGUGCUGGGCACCUUGGUUAUGCAGCUGACCGGAACUGGAAGAGCAAAGAGUGGCCAGACUUUGUCAACAGCUAUGCAUCCUGGUGGUCCUCGCAUGUGCUGGACUGGCUCAAGUAUGGGAAGCGGCUGCUGGUAGUGCACUACGAAGAACUUCGGCGCAGCCUGGUGCCCACACUGCGGGAGAUGGUGGCCUUCCUCAAUGUGUCUGUGAGCGAGGAGCGGUUGCUGUGUGUGGAGAACAAUAAGGAGGGUAGCUUCCGGCGGCACGGCCGGCACUCUCAUGACUCUGAACCUUUUACUCCAGAAAUGAAGGACUUGAUCAAUGGCUAUAUCCGGACAGUGGACAAGGCCCUACGUGACCAUAACUGGGCUGGGCUGCCCAGGGAGUAUGUGCCCAGAUGAUAGGCCCCAACCCCAUCUGCCUGCUCACCCUGGGGUGCCCUUGCAUUCAUGAACUUGGAUUAGUGGCCCCACCUCCAGUUCUGCUGCUGAUGCUGCUAUGUCCUGCAGGAGUUCCUCCAGGUGCCACUUCCUCCUGCGCAGGGAGACCUGGACACAGCCCCUUGCCCAGCACAGGUUCAUAGGAUAGACAGACAGAGCUUCUCAGACACACCUUCCUAGCCCUCCACAUGCACGGUGCCUGCAUCGACAGCCUGGAUUUGCAGUUUCCUACUCAGAGAAAAGCCUGGAUGCCAAAUGUGUGUCCCCAGGCUGGUGGCUGCCUCUCACACUCAGACACCCACUGUAGCUCACUGAGGCGACUUCCCUGUUUCUAGGCCAGAGUUGUGAACUUGCUUGUCAUUGUGCCUGAGGGCAGCUGAGUACAGUGAGCUCAGUGCCUGAUGCCAAUGGGCCUAGAGGUCCAGGCUACCUGUGUGACAUCACAAAUGUGUGUGGUGUCAUGACAAAGCACCACUAAUCCUGCAGCCCUGCCUCCUCUGUGGAUGAGCUUAUGGCACCAUGCUCAGAGCUGGAAUCCCAGCACAUAGAUCAUCCUCAAGUUCUGCCCACUGACAUCCUGCCCAACCUGAGUGCAUUUAGGAAGGGCCCUUUCCUGCCUUGCUUCUUCCUGCACCUGUUGUCAGGAAAACUGGGCAUUUUUACUAUGCUCCAGAUUCAGGGGAGUCCUAGAACCAACUAA